AGCAGGGGGAGAAUGGUCAGACAUAUGUUCUCUAAUCUCCUGUUACUCUGGUCACUGAGCCAUGACCUUUACAUAACCGGACUGACACAUAAUGCUCCACAGGAGCAGUCCUGGAACAACCAGAACCUCUCCUCUGUCCCUCUGGAUUUGGAUGUAAGGCUUAGAAGACUAGACUUGUCCAAUAACCUCAUCAGACAGUUACACACACUUGCCUUGCCAUACUUGGAGCAGCUGGACCUGAGCAGCAACCAGCUGGAUUUCAUCUCCGAGGGGGCUUUUGAAAACCUGGCUCGGCUUGAGCAGUUGAAUUUGUCCAGAAAUGGACUGAACAACAACCUUGGCAGCAACAGCAAAGCCCUCCAAUCCCUCAGCCGGCUGACGACUUUGGACAUUUCAAUGAACGGUUUGAGUGAUGAUGCCGUGGAGCUGUACCUUAGAAACAAGUCGUCCCUUGAUCAACUUAAAAUGAGCGGUAAUGCUUUAAAACGACUUUCACACGACUUGUUCAGAGAGAGUAAAGGUCUGAGGACCAUUACUAUUGAUGACAAUCUGAUAUCAGAGAUAGAACAGGGGACAUUUGAACCACUGAUUCACUUAGAGACGCUAAACCUGGCCAAAAACAACCUCGCACACAUCUGUGAUUUCAAGUUACAUCAAGUUAAAUAUCUAAAUCUCAGCAGAAAUUCUGUGGAGUUCUUUGUUACGCGUCAGUACGACCAGAUGUACAGGCUGGAAGUUCUUGAUCUAAGCUACAACAAACUGCUUUACUUCCCAAUUGUUCCGAAAAUGAAUCGUCUGCGGUAUCUUUAUUUACAGGAUAAUAUGAUUGGUGCUUUGAAUUCAGAGGCCACGAUGGUGUCAGAGGCCAAUUCACUUUAUAAUGAGAUCACAAGAAAGAAAAUAGUCACAAAAAAUAACCUACACUCAAACUGGAGGCUAAUGCCACUCAUCUACAUUGACCUGAGCUAUAACCACUUCACGUCUUUCCCUCUUGAGACUUUGAGCCUCCUCUCAUCUUUGGAAACACUCAAUAUCAGCUACAACUGUCUGCAAAACAUCUUCUGGGACAUUAGGAACUACAGUGACGUAGGACAUGUUCGCCAGCUUUUCUUUCCCUCCUUAAAGCACAUUGACCUGCAAAGCAACGGACUUGUGUAUAUUUCCCCUCUCUUUCUCAAUGCGCUCACGCAAAUAGAAACAUUAAAUUUAGAAGACAAUUCAGUGCAGCCUUGCGCGUCCAUCGACCGUUUGAGAAGCUCUCAAUCAACACAGCAGACAUAUGUCAACACCUCCUGUGUCGCAUUGGGGCAGCUAAGGACCCUUAAGCACCUCAAUCUUAAAGAAAACAGCAUAAAAGCACUUGAGCCAAACGCAUUUCUGAGAACCUCUUUGGUUUCCCUGAACCUCGCAAACAAUUUGCAUAUGGUGAUGCAUGAGGGGGCACUGGAAGGAGCGCAAACAAGUCUUCAGUCCCUGAUAAUCAGUGAGAUAAACAUGACCAGCUCUCAUCUGUCUUUACCCUGUUUGCCGGCAUUAACGCAGCUGAACAUAUCAAACAACCAUCUAGACGUGAUACCCAGCAGUUUAAUUUGCUCUCCCCUGAGAGAAGUUGACAUAAGAAAUAAUGUGUUGAUGACUUUAAAUCACUCUUUGAUUCAGGCUUUGUCUGCACACCUCACCGUUAUGUACAUUAGCGGGAAUCGUUUCAACUGCUGCGACAGCAGAUGGCUGAAAAUCUUAAAUGAGACGAAGAUUAAACUGCCUGACAUCAGUGAGGCUGAAUGCUUCACGCGCGUUAGAAACUUUGUCAUAACCGAAUAUCUGAAAAACCCUGAAAUGAACUGUUUGCUUCAUACACAGGCACAAGACGUUCAUCCUGGACAAAUCAUCGUAAUUAUCAUAUUUGUAAGUGUAAUAUUAGCAGUGCUUAUUGUAAUCAGCAGGAAGAUAUGUUGUUCGCAAAGAUCAUUUAUAGUGUGAUGUGUAAAAUCUGUUGCUAUUUUGUACAUUGUUUUUAUAAAAGAAAGUAGGACAAGCAAAGCCCAGUUCCUAGAGCAUAAUUCUAGGGAUUUGUUAUCAACAGAAGUGUGGCUUAAAGGUGGAGUAUGUGCUUAUGUGUGUAGCGUUUUUUUCUUGUUUUUUUAAUUCAGAAAAUAUUCUCUCAGUGUGUCACAUCUGAAUCUAAUGUUCAUUUAUACACUGCCCUGGCUCGAUAAAUGGGAAAUAAAGUGACUAAGCACCAUUCUGGCUUAUCUUGUGCACAUUCAUGCUCGUGCGUGUUCACACUCGUGCACAGGUCAGGGAGAAAGGGAGGAGGACGGUAAAUCUGACAAAUGCUAAAUAUCUGAAUGUCCCAACAAGCUAAAUAUCAACAAUCUUUCUCCAAAGUCACAGACUUCACCCUCAGUGACUGCUUUGGCUGCAAAACCUCUCAGUUAAUAAAAUGAAGUAACACAUCGUUCCACUCUCACCCGGUUCAGGCUUUCUGCGUGACUUCACUGCUCAUUACAAGCCUUCAGGACGUGCAUCACUUUGUGUGACCUUUGCAGCUCCGAUGUUGUGAUUGAAAUUGGCUUUAUCGACUCCCAAGCUAUUUGGUGACGGCGCGUGCCAAAUCAAUAAUCAGGGGGAGAACUUUUUUUUUUGCCCAUCCUUCAUUGUGAAAUGUUUGCAAGUAAAACUUUAACCUUGGCGUUAAUUUUUAUGACGUGUGCGAAGUCUUGCGCAACAUUCCCAGAAUCAGGACUGAACUUGAUGCAGUGCCAAUAAAAGAGGCCUUAUGAGAGUUUCUGUUUAAAUGCAUGUAUUUUUCUAUAUGUUUAAUUUUAAAAACUGCUUUCUCAGAUCAUUUUUAAUACGCAUCACUACAUGAAUCUGUCUGACUUCUGUAAUAUAUAAUUCAUGUGGCUCUGAUUCUGGUAACAAAUACAGUGGUAAAUGUGGCAGCCGUUAUGCUGUACAUAAUAAACACGGCGUAGCUAAUAACCA